AACCCGUGUAGAUAAUACCUGAGCGGCAGCCCGUGUACACGAUCCCUGAGCGGCAGCCCGUGUACACGAUCCCUGAGCGGCAGCCCGUGUACACGAUCCCUGAGCGGCAGCCCGUGUACACGAUCCCUGGUAUUUGCAACAUGAUCGUAAUUUACGAAGUUUGCUUCAACUGCGAGUUCGGGAGUGAAAAAAUCUACGAGGAUAAAGCAAGAAAUUCUUCUAGCUCUGUCGUAGAACAUGUUUCUACACUGUUACCGUCGAUGUUUGUCUCUGAGGUACCUGACGCAGCUCCUGACGACAGCACUACUCAUCUUCGUCGGCGUGCAGUAUUUGACGACAAAAAUAGAGAAUAACUUGAAGCUGACAUCUCUGCUGCCCCGAAACCCUCCGAACUUGUCCUUAUACAAGAAGUCGGAGCCUGUAUGUUCUGACCUGGUGAACGGUGAGCUGUCUGCAGGUGGUGGGCAAAGAGUAUCACGGGAUGAAGUUCAGUGUCUAGGGUUAAUGGCUUCAUAUCCACCUGGACCAGAUGUAAACAUCGACGUGGUGACCACAAACAACUCAACAUCACAGGAAGGUGCAGCAGACCACUUCCAGGACCAGUUCUUCGCUACCAUGUUGAAGACUUUCCAAAUGGCCUCUGAAGACUCAUUCGGUGAUACAAUUCUACGAAAUUUCAGAUCUGGCAGCAUUCCUAAGGUAUUUACAUCUACGAGCUAUUUGUAAAUAUCAAGUGGCUUAAAUACCACACAGUGGACAUGGAACAGAACCUUUGUCCUCUGCCAUGUCACGUCACCACCAACCUCAGUGAGCUGAAGACUGCUGAUGCUGUGAUGAUCCACUUGCGUAGUGUGGAAAGUCCGGAAAAAGUGCUGCACGACUUGGGUCCACGUGAUCCAUCCCAGCCCUGGAUAAUGUUUGAAACUGAGACGCACUUGCUGGGGAAUGACAUAUACCAUACCCAAUACAAAGCACUGGACAGCUUCUUCAACCGCACAAUGCAUUACCGACAAGACUCUGACAUCAUGUUAUUUCACGGAUUCAUUGUACAUCGUGGCAAGGAUGCCAACUUUCUGCCUUUACCAUGGCGUCGGGAACCUAUUCUUCAGCCACACAGCAACAGAAGCAAACUAGCUGUGGCAUUCAUCUCUAACUGCAAGGCCAACAGUGGGAGACUGGAAUAUAUCAAAGCUCUGAAGAAUCACAUCCCUGUUGAUGUUUACGGAAAAUGUGGGGACCUGGAAUGUGGAUCAUCCCAUUACACUCAGCACAACUACAAGCCUGAGUCAGACCCCUGUAUGAAGAUGGCUGGGGAAAAUUACCUAUUUUACCUAUCAUUCGAGAAUGCUUUAUGCAAGGACUACGUGACUGAGAAGCUGUACAACUUGCUCUUUUACCCGAUGGUGCCAGUGGUGCUGGGAGGAGCCGAUUACACUUCUGUGAUGCCUCCAAACUCUUACAUCAACGCCCUUCACUACACGCCACAACAGCUAGCUAAAAAGCUCACUUACCUGGCUGCUCAUCCAAAGGAGUAUCUGAAGCUACUGAAGUGGAGGAAGUACUAUCAACCUUCCACUAUAGGUGGAAGUCGCAUCCUGUGUGAUGUGUGUGUGAAACUCCACGACCCACUCUUCUAUGAGCAGAAGGUUAUCGAAGACUUCUACGAGUGGUUUGUCACACGGGCUAACUGCAAUGGUACUAGAACAGUUCAUCACCCAUUCAAGUGGCUAUAGAAAGUUUAUGCGAGUUUGAUUAAUGAUACCUGGAAUUUGAUAAUAUGAAAGAUAAAUUAAUGAAGUUAUGUACAAAAUAUCAUAAGCUAUGUCCUUCAUCUCCAUGGGGAAGUGGAACAGAAUUCUUCCUCCGUAAGCCGUGCGUGUCGUAAGAGGCGACUAAAAUGCUGGGAGCAAGGGGCUAGUAACCCUUUCUCCUGUAUAUAUUACUAAAUGUAAAAGGAGAAACUUUCGUUUUUCCUUUUGGGCCACCCCGCCUCGGUGGGAUACAGCCGGUGUGUUAAAAAGAUGUCCUUCAUGGAUUAUUAUUAUUAUUAUAAUCAAAAAGAAGCGCUAAGCCAUGUCCUUCAUGGAGAUUUAUAGCCUUUUGCUCCUUGGUUGAUUGGAAGUACUACCUACAGGAUGGAUACAGUGCAUAAUAAGGCAUUCAAACUCUUUCUGUUUAAGGAGGAUGACUUGGCAAUGGUAAGGGACUCUUGAUAGUGGAAGCAUUGUUGAAGAAAUAUAAUUUUGAUAUUCACUCUAGUUUGCCCUCCACCAUCAUAAGCUGAACAAGGCUUGUGUCAAUGUUGUCCAAAUAGUAGGUACCAGUGUUAUAGUACACACUGGGUAAGGUAUGAGGUAAGUUUCCAAGGAAACCAGGACUACUUGAUGCUUCAGUUGUGAUUAUCAUUCAGAGAAUAUUUGUUUAUGUAUUUCCAUUCAAUAUCAAGAAUGAUCUUGCACCAUUUCCUUUAAGGGGUGCCUUGAUGAUGUAGGCCUCUUGAUCUAUGGAACUGAAGCAAUCCUUCGCUUCCAAAGAACCAAAAGCCUAGCUAUAUUUACCUGUCAUUUUUUUAUCACAAGAUAGGUUGCAUAAAUACUGUAAUGAAAUUAAGUUUUCUUGAAUGUGGAGACUUCAAUAGGGCAAUGAAGGUAUGAUCAAGGAUUCUAAUGUGUUCUGUAGCAAUAAUAAAACAAGGGAAAAUUACUAAACAUUUAUAUAAUGCACAGCAUAUUGUAGUGGGGAAAAGGUUAUAUAAACAUUUAUAUAAAUGUAAUUUGAAUUAAUGAUUAAUGAAUGGAGACAAAUGGUUUUUAAUACUUGACGUGCUGUUGGAGUGUGAGCAAAGUAACAUUUAUGAAGGGAUUCAGGGAAACCGGCAGGCCGGACUUGAGUCCUGGAGAUGGGAAGUACAGUGCCUGCACUCUGAAGGAGGGGUGUUAAUGUUGCAGUUUAAAAACUGUAGUGUAAAGCACCCUUCUGGCAAGACAGUGAUGGAGUGAAUGAUGGUGAAAGUUUUUCUUUUUCGGGCCACCCUGCCUUGGUGGGAAUCGGCCAGUGUGAUAAUAAUGAUAAUAAAAUAUUAUUAUUAUAAGCAAAAAGAAGCGCUAAGCCACAAGGGCUAUACAGCGCUGCAGGGUAGGGAAGGAAGCGAGGGUAUUGGGCGGCAGAAGGGAGGAGGGAUCAUCAGUAGGCUACAGAAAACAGCGGGACAGGGGAUAGUACGGGGGUAGAGGGCAGCAAGAGAUUGAGGUAGAAAGGGCUGAAGGUAUCAGAAUUUGUGAAGUAAGUCAGUUGUUGUCAAAAAGUCAAUGAGAGUGUCCGGAUGAAAGGUGGGUCCAUCAGCGAGAAGGGAAGGUAAAGAGAGAGCAGCGGAGCGAAGACGACGACGGAGGUAAAUUCUGCGUGCUCGUUGAUAAAGUGGGCAGUCCAACAGAAUGUGGCUGACUGAUAAUGGAGCCUGGCAAUUAUCACAGAGAUGAGCAGGGCACCUCUCCAUGAGAUAUCCAUGAGUAAGACGAGUAUGGCCAAUGCGAAGAUGGGAGAGAGUAGUCUCCCAACCUCGACACUGGUGAUAAGAAGACGGCCAGUAACCUAUACUCGGCUUAAUAGGUUUAAGUUUGUUACUGAGCAUAGUAGACCAACGUUGUUGCCAACGGGUGUGAAGGUGGGAAUUUAUUGCAGCAAAAUAGUCCGUAAAUGGAAUACCUCUAUAUGAAGGUAAGACACAUAUGCAACAGUUAGGUAUCUUUAUUAUGAAACGUUUCGCCUACACA